GUGGGAUGAGCCAGAGUGAUGAAGCAUCUGUAGCAGAGCCUACAGUAGUAGUUGCGACACCAGUUGCAGUUGCAGUAACAGCCCCAGCAACACAUCCACGGAAACCUCCGGCAUUGGUGAUCUCAACAAUAGCGUGUCCGACAAUAUACGAGCAAGCUCCCUCAAAGCCAGCUUCACCAACAAUGCCGCUCAGUCCAUAUGAAGGGAUUACCGCAGAUUUGAUGCAACGUAUUCAAUUGUUUUCCUCUCAAUUUGACCACGCCCGUCUAUCGCCGAACUAUGCGACAUCAGACCUUGGAUCGUCGGCACGGUCGAGCUUCUCCUCCACAACUUCGUCGUUCUUAACGUAUCGCGAUCGAAGUGUAGACUUUGACGAGGCUGGCAAAGAGUUGAUAUCGCCGUUUGAUUGUGACACUAACUGCUCUGGAACUCCCUACUCCCUGUCGACCAACUCGGGAAAUCACUUUUCGUUUGAAGCUCGCUCGGUGUCCUCGCUGGGCCACAGCACAGCCCACUUUAAUCAAUUGCUCGCGGCGGGUGCUGCAUAUGAACUAUCCAGAGAGCGUAGCAGGUCAGAAAGCGAUAUGCAACCCACGCAGGAGGAUGACGUGAGGCAUCUUAACACAUCGACUAUCUCGGUGCCGAUUUACGCUAAAAAACCGCUUCACAAGUUUGGCGGGGAGAUCAAGCGGAGUAGUAGUACGCCACCACCGACGUCUGAUGAGCGAGAGCAGGUGGAGCAGCGGUUGUUGUUGAGACCUUCGUCGGGAAUGGAAAUCAAGAAGGACUUGGAAACGACCAAUUCCUUUGUGAGCAGCUGGGCUCGAGAACAGAUUUUUGCCAUGCAGAAUGCAACCAUGUACAAUUUGUUAACCGCUCGUUCUGCAGAAGAUUGUUCAACUAUUUCGACACCAGGACCUUUGAAAGUUUUCCCCAGAAGCAAAGAUGACAUGACGUUCGCACCGAGAGAUGACUCAAGUCGUGCCAAGCAAAUGCAGUACCCAUGUACACUUUGUGGGCAGGCGUUUGCGGUACAUGAUCGAUUAGCUAAGCAUAUAGCGUCUCGACAUCGCCAGCGAAGUUGUACAUUAGAUGAUGCUUCUAAAGUCCACAAAUGCAACAUGUGCUCAAAAAGCUUCUCGAGAAGUGAUAUGCUGACAAGGCACAUGCGUCUUCACACGGGAGCAAAACCAUACAGUUGUCCGACAUGUAAUCAAGUAUUCUCUCGUUCUGACCAUUUAUCCACUCAUCUGAGAACACAUACAGGCGAAAAACCAUACGCGUGUCCAAUGUGUAAUUAUUCAGCGAGCCGCCGCGACAUGAUCUCCCGUCACAUGCGAACUCAUUCACUGACAGAUGACUCCAGUAUCUCAACUCCAAUAUCUCAAUUGUCAAUCCGAAGUGCAACUACUUCACCACUACCACCAAAGAUCGGGUCAACUGCAACCGUUGAAAUUGGUUCUGGAUUGUUGUCCGCAUUCAAACCAAUACUUUCCGCAUCAUCAUCAAAUCUUCUUUCCGUGUCUUCACCCUUCCAAUCACUUUCUCUCUCAACACCACCAUCUCCAUCGUUCGCACCUAUUGUACUCAAUCGGCAGUUAUCAUUUGAUGUUACGAUGCGCAAUACUACGUCUUGAUACCUGUAUCAGGUUCCUUCCGUUUUUUGCUCUAUGAACAAAAGUAAAUGAACAAAAAACUUUAAAUUUCAAUGACGGGUUUCGCCUCGAUUACUGUAAUUUUAUUAAUAUUAUAUAUAAAUAAAAAAUUUAAUA